CACGUUACUUUCUUUUGUGAAUGUGAUUUCUUAAAAAAUGAAACAGUUAAAACUUACAGGUUUUGUUAUUUUCUUUUUCUUUUUGACUGAAUCCUUAACCCUGCCCACAAAGCCUCAAGAUGUAGAUGAUGUCAGUAUCACCCAGAAAUUUAUAGAGGAUAAUAUUGGAUAUAUCACCAUCAUUGCAUUUGCUCAAUAUAUUCAGGAGGCAUCCUUUGAAGAAGUAGAAAUGUUGGUAAAAGCCAUGACAGAAUACAGAGAUAAAUGCUUGGCUGACAUGACACUCCCAGAGUGUUCAAAAUUAGCUAAUGAUGUUUUACUGGAAAAUAUAUGUGCUAUGGAGGGACUGCCACAAAAGCAUAAUUUUUCACACUGCUGCCAUAAGGCUGACUUUGAAAGAAAACAUUGUUUCCUCCAUAAUAAGAAAGCUGAUGUAGGAUUUUUGCCUCCUCUCCCUACUCUGGAUCCUGAAGAGAAAUGCCAGACUUAUAAAAAUAACAGAGAAUCUUUUCUAAACAAUUAUAUCUACGAAGUUUCCAGAAGGAACCCCUUUGUUUUUGUCCCUACACUUCUUACUGCUGCUGCUCGUUUUGAGGAGAUGACUAAAAUAUGUUGUGAAGAACAAGAAAAAGCUAACUGCUUUAGAACAAAGGCAGAAACUUUCAUACAAUAUUUAAAAGCAUUAUCUUCUUAUCAAAAAAAUGUCUGUGGGGCACUUAUGAAAUUUGGACCACAAAUCUUAAAAUCUAUAAACAUUGCUGUACUUAGUCAAAAAUUCCCCAAGAUUGAAUUUAAGGAACUUAUCUCCCUCCUAGAAGAUGUUUCUUCCAAAUAUGAUGGAUGCUGUGAAGGGGAUGUUGUGCAGUGCAUCCAUGGCAGGAGCAAGGUCAUGAGCCAUAUUUGUUCAAAACAAGAUUCCAUCUCCAGCAAAAUCAAAGAGUGCUGUGAAAAGAAAAUACCAGAGCGCGGCGAGUGCAUAAUUUACUCAAAUAAAGAUGAUAGACCAAACAACUUACCCCUAAGAGAAGCAAAGUUUACUGAAAGCGAAAAUGUGUGUGAGGAACGAGAUGCUGACCAAGAGAACUUCAUGGCCGAGUUUCUUUAUCAAUACUCAAGGAGACAUCCAGAACUGUCCACACCAGAGUUGUUAAGAAUUGCUGGAGUGUAUGAGGAUCUCCUGAGAGAGUGUUGCAACACGAAAAACCCUCCAGACUGUUACAGACAUGCGGAAAACAAAUUCAAUGAGACAACUGAGAAAAGCCUCAAGAUAGUACAGCGAGAAUGUGAACAUUUUCAGAUUUUGGGGAAGGAUGACUUGAAAUACCACUACCUCAUCAAUCUCACAAAGCUAGCCCCCCAGCUCUCCACUGAAGAACUGACCUUUCUUGGCAAGGAAAUGGUGACAGCUCUGACCACCUGCUGUACACUGAGUGAAGAGUUUGCCUGCGUUGAUAAUUUGGUGGACUUAGUUCUUGGAGAGUUAUGUGGAAUAAAUGAAAAUCGAAGUAUCAACCCUGCUGUGGACCACUGUUGUAAAACAAACUUUGCCUUCAGAAGGUCCUGCUUUGAGGGCUUGGAAGCCGAUAAGACAUAUGUGCCUCCAUCUACCUCUCAAGAUUUAUUUAUCUUUCACGCAGACUUGUGUCAGGCUCAUAACGAGGAGCUCCAGAGAAAGAAAGACAGGUUUCUUGUCAACUUAGUGAAACUGAAGCCUGAACUUACAGGGGUGGAGCUGCAGUCAUUGCUGGCGGAUUUCACGAAUGUGGUGAAGAAGUGCUGCCAGGCCCAGGGGCCUGAAGCCUGCUUCAGGGAAGAGGGUCCAAAAUUGUCAGCCAAAAGUCAGGUUGCUUGAAAAACAUCAAGUAAAACUCACCAAAGGUUUCGGAGAAAAGAGAGGAAGACCAACAUACCUGCUUCCUAUCUGUCCUGUGGUGAAUUUCAUUUUCUGAGAAGAACACAGUAAAAAAUUCUCCUGUAAUCAUUAUCUGAGAUCAUGUUAUUGCAGCAAGCAAUAAACAACAACAUUAUAAAGUUAUUUCUCAAAGACUAAU